AAAAACUGGCGCCCUAACCCCUCUCCGUAUGUAUUACGCAAGCACAUACCGGAUACGUUCUCAUUAUCUUCCAUUUAUAGGCCACCCCACCUCCAGUAUCCACCGAUCCCACUCUCCACCGCCGAAACCCUUCACAACGGUAAAAAAAAUGGCGCCCAAAUGCCUUUCCUUGUUCAUGUCUUCUCUAUCGCUUCCUCACCCUAUCUUAAUCACUAGACCUAAUUUCGUCAAAUUUUACGCCAAACACACUCCCAUCGUUUGCAAGUCCACGCAAUCGCCGUCCCAAACCCGACAGACAGUCUCAGAAAUACCAGAACAAGAGGGGGCUGGGGCUGCUGCUCCAACCCGAGGCGAGCGGUUCCUCGAGCGCGAACAAGCCAUUGAGGCUGCUAAGCUAAUUGCGAAGGAGAUGAAGAAGCACAAGAAGAAGAAAGAAAAAGCGUUGAAGGUUUCGAAAUCAAUUGCAUGUUGUUACGGUUGUGGAGCUCCAGUACAGACAUCCGAAGUGGAUGCUCCGGGUUACGUGGAGCCAAGUACCUAUGAAUUGAAGAAGAAACACCACCAGCUUAGAACUUGUAUUUGCGGUAGGUGCAAGCUUCUGUCACAUGGACACAUGAUAACCGCUGUCGGAGGUAAUGGAGGCUAUUCUGGAGGGAAGCAGUUUAUUACAGCUGAUCAGCUUCGGGAGAAAUUGUCUCACUUACGCCUUGAAAAGGCUCUAAUUGUUAAAUUGGUUGACAUUGUGGAUUUUAACGGAAGCUUUUUAGCUCGUGUGCGUGAUCUUGCUGGUGCAAACCCCAUAAUAUUAGUUGUGACCAAGGUUGAUCUUCUUCCAAAAGGGACUGAUCUUAAUUGCGUUGGAGAUUGGGUGGUGGAGGCCACCACAAAGAAGAAGCUUAAUGUUCUGAGCGUACACCUUACAAGUUCGAAGUCUUUAGUAGGAGUUACUGGUGUUGCAUCGGAAAUCCAACUAGAGAAAAAGGGACGGGAUGUUUACAUUCUGGGAUCUGCUAAUGUUGGGAAAUCGGCAUUCAUCAAUGCAUUACUACAUGUGAUGGCACAACGGGAUCCGGUAGCUGCAGUGGCGCAAAGAUACAAGCCGAUACAGUCAGCUGUUCCUGGAACUACCUUAGGUCCUAUUCAAAUUGAUGCUUUCCUUGGAGGAGGGAAACUAUAUGACACACCUGGAGUUCAUCUCCACCAUAGGCAAGCUGCAGUGGUUCAUUCAGAAGAUUUACCUGCUCUGGCUCCUCAAAGUCGGCUUAGGGGUCAAUCUUUCCCUAAUGCUCGGAUGGCCUCAGAAGUUGAAAUAGGGGACAAAAUUAAGUCCAAUGGCUUGAAUGGGCUUUCGAUUUUUUGGGGAGGUCUUGUCAGGAUUGAUGUCUUAAAGGUUCUUCCAGGAACACGUCUAACAUUCUACGGACCAAAGGCAUUGCAGCUUCAUAUGGUACCCACUGAGAAAGCUGAAGAAUUUUAUCAGAAAGAAAUUGGAGUCCUACUAACGCCACCAAGUGGAAAGCAAAGAGCAGAUGACUGGAGAGGUCUUGAAACAAUGCGUCAAUUGCAAAUAAAUUUUGAAGAUGCUACAAGGCCUGCCAGUGAUGUGGCUAUAUCAGGUCUUGGAUGGUUUUCAGUUGAACCCAUAUGCAAAUCACUGGGGAGUUCUGAUUUAAAUACGGAAGAAAUCGCCAAGGAACUUCAUUUUGCAGUCCAUGUCCCCAAGCCAGUCGAAAUUUUUGUUCGGCCUCCAUUUCCGGUGGGCAAGGCUGGAGCAGAGUCGUACCAAUAUCGGGAUUUGACGGAGAUGGAAGAAGCAGCAAGACCGAAGUGUUAUCAUUGAUUUUUGACAGAUUUUUUGGUGAUGUAUUUGUGCAAGAUGAAUUGUAGAUACAUCACGGUUGAGGAAGAAAAGAAACGAAAGGCAGUGGAAUUUUGUAAAUAUAACUGUAGAAGUUGUAGCUGGUGCGGGGACACAGGAUGAAGGUUCUUGAAGUCAUUGCAAAGGAAGCCGAUUUGCACCAACUAAACAUCGACUCGAGCACAGUUCAGUGUGCCAUCUCGCUUCCCCAGAGCCCAUUUCUGCCAGGAUUUUCUUCUUGUAUCCACAUAUUUGGGAACAAUACACAAAUGAACAUCAGAAACAGUGGAGUGUAUUAUACAUAUGAUGAGCUCGACUCACCAAUGAUAAUAUGAUAGUCCAUUAA